CGGAGUAAGAACAAAUAUAUUUUCUCGUCGUUAAACCUCGUGUUUCAUUUUUGUUAUUCCGACACUUCUUACAUGGUGUCAGAAGUGGGAUACAAAUGCUAGAUUUCGUGGAAAAUCCUGAUCUAGACGUAAAGUACUUCUAGAAGCAGAAAAGUGAAAUUUAAAGCUUGCUGAAUAGUCCAUAUUUUCCUGAACAAUGAAUCGAGAGCAAUUUCGUUGUAUUGGUGAAGCAUCAUCGUGUUAUGCAGUACACAAUAGCUGCCUGCGCUAAUUUCUGUGUGUUAGCUCAACGACAGGAGUGAACAAACGAAACGGUAUAAACGAAAACAUUGUGUGUGCUGCUAUCAAGAAAAUGGAUCAAAGGUUGCCGCAGCCCUUGGACUGUGCAAAUUUGGCUAGAGAGUGGCCGAAAUGGAAACAACAGUUCUAUAUUUACAUGAUCGCCAGCAACAAGAAUGCAGAUGUGGAAUGCAACAAAAUUGCAACGUUUUUGUGGCUCGUAGGAGAGCGCGGAGUGGAAAUAUACAACACACUUUUUCCCAACACUGGGGAUGUCAACAGUAUGUUCGGUGUGGAGCCGGUGAACGCUGAUGAUGAUGCUGGUGAGCAAAAUGUGCAACGUACGUUAGCGGAUGUAGUCACUGCAUUCGAUGGUUAUUGCCUACCUCGAAAGAAUGUCGCCAUGGAAGCAUUUAAAUUCAACAUGAUCGUUCAGAAAGACAAACAAUCGUUCGCAGAUUUUGAAACUGCCCUUCGUACCCAGCUGGCGUAUUGUGAAUUUGAAUGUUCUGCUUGUCAUGCUUCAUAUUCGGAUCGGAUGCUUCGGGAUCGUAUCAUAAUUGGUGUCCAAGACAAGAAGCUUCAACUAAAGCUGCUCGACGGGAAGGAUGAACCAUUGCAGAGUGUAGUGGAAACUUGCAAAAUAUUUGAAGCGGCGACUGAGAACAAGCAACUACUGGACAACAAAGUACACCAUGAGAUGCACGUCGUUGUGGAGGAACCUGUCAACGGACCAAAAGAAGAGAUAGCGAUUGUGAAGAGGGCGCAGUGUUACAACUGUGGACAGAACUACAAUGCAAAACAUCGUCAAUACUGCCCGGCGAGAAACGUCAACUGCGACGCUUGUGGACGUCGUGGCCACUUCAGAAAGUUUUGCAAGUUAUUAAAAAGGGAUGAUAAAACAAAUCGGAACGGUCGUACAAUGGAGGACAAGCCUAAGCAAACCAGAGAGGCUGUGUACAAUAUCAACUGGCGUGAAACAGAAUAAAUUCGAAUUGCGGCAUUGACAGGGUAUCACGCGUCAGGUGGAUCAAACGCUAUUUGAUUGAAGAUACCCCAGUGGAUUUCAAACUGGACACAGGGGCAGAAGUAAACUGUAUUCCAAUGAAGAGCGUAAGAUUAUUGAAGGUCCCCUUGCUGAAUGAUUCCUCCAUGCCAAACAUUGUUGAUUACAGUUCAAAUAAAGUUAACAUUCAUGGUCGUA